GGAGUGGAGGGGAGCAGAGGUGGAGUGGUAUGACUGGUUAACAAGUCCAGACAGUGCUUCCACGACUCAGUAAUGGAAGAGGUGCGUUUGGCCAUCGCCGAGAAAGGCCUGAAGUGCGAAGAGCACGAUGUAAACCUGCCGCUGAGCGAGCACAACGAGCCAUGGUUCAUGCGCUUAAAUUCCUCUGGAGAAGUACCAGUUCUGAUCCAUGGGGAGAACAUCAUUUGUGAGGCAACACAGAUUAUCGAUUACCUUGAAGCGACGUUUGUAGAGGAGGAAGUACCAAGAUUAAUGCCAGAAGAAGGGAGCAUGUAUUAUCCAAGGGUGCAACAUUAUAGAGAGCUUUUGGACUCCUUGCCUAUGGAUGCCUACACACAUGGUUGCAUCUUGCACCCCGAGUUAACAGUGGACUCCAUGAUUCCAGCCUACGCUACCAGCAGAAUUCGUAGCCAAAUAAGUAACACAGAAUCAGAGCUGAGGAAACUUGCAGAAGAAAACCCAGACCUUCAAGAUGCCUAUAUAGCAAAACAGAAGCGCCUUAAGUCUAAGCUACUGGAUCAUGAUAAUAUAAAGUACCUAAAGAAAAUACUGGAUGAACUGGAAAAAGUUUUGGAUCAAGUUGAGACUGAAUUGCAGCGGCGAAAUGAGGAAACACCAGAAGAUGAAAAUCAGCCCUGGCUCUGUGGAGAUUUCUUCAGUCUGGCAGAUGUAUCGCUUGCCGUCACGUUACAUCGCCUGAAGUUUCUGGGAUUAGCGAGGAGAAACUGGGGGAACGGGAAGCGGCCCAACUUAGAAGCCUAUUACGAGCGUGUCCUGAAGAGAAAAGCAUUUCACAGAGUUCUGGGCCACGUCAACAACAUAUUAAUCUCGGCCGUGCUGCCGACGGCGUUCCGCGUGGCCAAGAGGAGGGCGCCCAGAGUUGUGGGCACCAGCCUGCUGCUUGGCCUGCUGGUGGGGGCUGGCUACCUCGCCUUCCUCUGCCUGCGCAGGAGGUUUGCCGGCGUGGUGCUGUCCGUCAGAGCCAGGCAGAAUUACUUGUAGACCCGCCCAUCCCUGUGGCGAGCAGAGGACAUCUCUGCCUUCCAGGAAAAUAGCCCCAGUAGAAUAUAAACGUAGAAGAACAUUGUCACACAGUAAUUAUCUCCUACUGCCAUAUAAUUGGAGUGGCAAUGCCAAGAUGUUUGUGGAAAGUACAUUUUAGGGGAACGACAAAGA